AUGAACUUCACGAAUAUCAAUGAUCCUGCAGGUAUCAAAGCUCUGCUCGAGCAACUGAGAUCGUCACAGGCCUGGCAAGAGAGUAUCGGUGGCGGCGCUGACCCCAAUGGCGUGGCGAAGAACCCACCGCCAACUUCAAUCGUACCUCCUCUGACACAACCACCCGCCACCACGAGCGAUGCAUCUAAACCGUCGUCCUCAGUGGCCGAUUUGCUUUCCCAACUUAAUUCAUCCAAACAUAAAAUUGUAUCAAGGCCCCCACCUGAACCUUCGACUUCGCGUUUUACUUCCCUGCCACUUUCACAAGUGGCUAGCCACCGCUCCACCGCUCAGCCUCCAGAGGACUCGACUCAUCAUGCUUUCAUGCACGGGGAGGACCUCCACAUGAUGUCGUUUCAGCAGGCCUUGCCCCAUCUCACACGAUUGGCGGAAAGUGCAGACUUUGUUGCUGCCGUAGCUCGUUUACGAGAAGAGCAGAAGGACUUGGAGAGACAGCUGUGGGAAGAGCGACUCGCUAUACAUAGGAAACACGAGAAUAAAGUCAAGGUUACGCAGACCAAAGCCGCGUUGAUUGGCGGAGGAAUAUCCCAGCAUGAGGCGGAUAUGCUGAACGAUGCAUUUCGGAAAGAGCUGCAAAAAUUUGAUGCGGAACGCGUGCUUUUCGCAUGGGACGGUCUCUUGCAGAAGCAACAGUCUACACUGGAAGGCCUCGGAGUACCAACUAUGUUCCCUUCUGAUUUGCGAGCCGAUAGAGAGAAACAACAGAGAGUAGUUCAAGUCUUGGAAGGUAUAGUGGGGUAA